UUAAAGAAUAAUAAAUAAAAUCUGGUGAUAAAGAAAUUAUUAAAGUCUACAGUAUUCGUAUUAUUAUUAAAUCGAGUUUCGUGCGCCAGAUGCUCGCAGUGACCGUCGCCAGUGUUCCUCGUCGUCGGUGUCUCCAGAAGGAGUAUCGCUGUUAACCGCGUGCGCGCGUGUGUCGUCGCCGUAGGGCGAACUUCGGCGUGUGUGUUUGUCGCGCGCAGCCGUCGUCGUCACACCCGAUGGCUCUGAACGCCACUACGUGUUACAACAAGGCGGUGAUCGCGGGCUACGGGUCGUCGUACCCCAGCCCGCUGGCCGCCGCCGCCGGCGUACCGUCCGCGCUGAUGGUGGCCGCGGCCGCAGGAUCCGCGGGCGGAUCGCCGUCGUCUAGGUCCGGGUCGUCCGGGUCCGGUACCGGGCCGUCCGGGUACCGCGUCAAGGACUUCAACGUGCCCCUGCACGUCGACUGCAGCGUCGAGUACGAAAUGCCCAGCUCGGCCAAGCCGCCGGUGGGUGGCAAGGUCGAGCCGCUGCUCAUGAUACACCCGUCGUAUUACCGGAAGGCCGAGAGCCGGACCCGCAGCUUGUUCGUCAACAACAUGCCCGCCGCCGCUUCCGCAUCGUCCGGUCGGAGCAGACCCUCGGUCGCCGCGGCCGCGGUCGGUGGCGUCUGCGGUAGGUCGGCCGCCAUCGCGAACGCCGCCGACGGACCGCCCGCGAAACCGUACGCCGGACCCGCGCCCGGAGUGACCGCGUCCACCGCGGCCGGCGUUUACGGCAUGGUCACCGGUGCCGCGGCCGCCGCCGCCGGCGCGUCCCAGUGGCCCCCGUUGGGCUCCAGCGCCGAGCACCAGCACCACGACGGCAAACGCACCCUGGACAUGGUCCAGCGGCAGUACCAACAGCACCUGCAGGCCAGUCUGCCACCGCCGAUGAUGACGGCUGCCUUGCCCACCGACAAAACCCACAUGACAGUGCCGAAAGGGUGUUCUUGCUGCCAGGCGAAAUUAUUAAAGCGCAAAGCCCAACAACCGCCAUCGGUGCCUCAACAACAACCACAGCAACACCAUAUCCACCAUCACCAACAACAACAACAACAACAACAACAACUACAACAACAACACUUACCACAAACAUCUCAUUUACAACAACAACAACACCUCCAUCACCAUCAACAACAGCAGCAGCAACAGCAACACCAUCAACAUCUCCAUCAUCAGCAACAGCAGCAGCAGCAGCAGCAGCAACACCACCAUCACCAGCAGCAGCAGCAGCAGCAGCAACAACAACAACACAUCCAUCACCAUCACCAUCAUCAGCAACAGCAACAACAACAACAACAACAACAACAACAGCAACAUCAAGAGUACCACAAGUCGAGGCAAAACGAACCGCCAACUCCACAGCUAUGGGGUUUUAACGGUACUAUCGCAGCGGUGUUGCGCAACGAGUACGGUAGCAAACCAACGAAAACGUUGGGACGUAUCACUGACCCUAUCAACAACAUCCUGACGCCCACGUACAUGUUUUGAGCAUCGGAGUUGACAUGAUAUUUUUAUUAUAUUUUGUGAUAGUUAGACUGUUUAACAAUUUUUUUUUUUUUAAAAAACCGCGUUCGGAUCGAAUAGAUCUACGAAAAAAAUAUAAUAUAAUAAUUAGGUAUUGGAGUUGUACGGUAAAAUAAACAAUAUACAUACCUAUAUUAUAUGUUAUCAUUAUUGUAAUAUGUCAUGUACGCGCGCGUUUAGCGUGUCGUGUACACAAACAUAAAUAUUAUGCAUAGUUGUAGACCGCGACGAGAAUAUAAUAUAAUAUAACGACGAUAAUAAUAAUAAUAAUAAUAAUAUCAUUAACCAAAAACAAAAAAAAUAUAUAUAUAUAUAUUUAUUAUAUUGUAAUAGCGUUCAAGUUUCACCUGUUUUUACUUGCACGUCGCAAAACAAUGUUAUGUGUUGUGAUCAUAUUAUAUAGUUAUUAUCGUUCGUACUAUACAUUUAUAACAAUAAUUAUGAUUAAUUAACACACGCAAACAUUUUUAUAUCAUAUUUAAUAUAUUAUGUAUGUUAUUAUGUAUGCGCGUGCAGUGAAAACAGCGUCCGGCUUACCACCUCGGUGUGGGGCGGGGGUGUCAUGUGUCCGCCGCGUAAAAUAGUAGUCAAACGUGAGAUUUUGUUUUUAGCGGACACCCCUUCCUCAUAACCACCGGACGUUUGAAAAAUAGAGGUAUACGUUUAAUAUUGUAUAUGUUCACUUAUUUUUUUAUUAUUUAUUUUUUCUAAAUACGACGCACGGACUCGACGGUAGGAACGUGCGUCGUCGUCGUGUACAAAUAUUAUAUUAUAAUAAUAUACUAUGAUGAUUCCAUUUUUUUUUCUUCUUCUAGUUCGUGCGUGUCGCUUUUUGUUGUGUUGGCUGUGAAAUAUUGUGAUAAUAAAAUUUUUAAAAAAAUAAAUAAAAAGAAGAAAACGCACGAAAAA